UUCUGCCUCUCGAAUCGGUCGGAGAGAGAAAAAAGAGAGAUGGGAGGGAAAGGUAAGAAGAGGAGAGAGAAAAACUAUUUGGCAGCUCACGGCGGACCGGCGAGACUCCCGCCGCCGCCUGAUCGUUCCAAGCAAGAUGCACUUCCUUCCAAGCUCCGUGUUCUCAUGAACUACACCUCUCCGCCUCCUCCUCAAGAUUCUACUAAACAACAAGUUGUUGUAGAGAAGAAAGAAAAAAAUUCUAAAGCUGGAGUAGUAGUUGGUGCUGCCAAGAAUGUCAAGUCUGGGAGUGAAGCAAAGUCGGAAACAAAGGCGGUUGGAGAAGGAAAAUCUGAGGGAUACACAACCUCUUCUGAUCAUGAGAAUGAUGGAGACGAUAUAAAGUUGAACAACAAGGGGGGAGAUGAAAAGAAGAAGAAAAAGAGAAAGAGGAGUGAGAUCAAGGACCUUCGUUUCGAACAGGAACUUGCAGAGUUGGAUGGUCGGUCCAAAAGGAAAGAACGCAAGAAGAAGUAUUGGGAGGCAAAGAAGCAAAAGAAGAAUAAAGGAAAAACAGAAGAUACACUUCGAGAAAACUUCCCCAAGCAUGAGCAGAUCAGAUUUGGUGAUGUGGUUCAAGCUCCACCAAAGCUGGCCGUUGUUCCAAAGGCACGAAAGACUCCUAUGAGUGCUUCCAAGGAGAGACUGAGAUUAGAGGCCAUUGAAGCUUACAGAUCUCGCAAUGGAUGGACCUCAAGACCAGGCGUUCAGAUUCCUACCGUCACCAUGCAAUGAGAUUUUGGUUGGGUCAUGAACUCAGUUUUGUGUUACUAGCUAGCUGGCUGUUAAAACUAGUUUGGAUUCUAACGUUGUGAUAGUUUGAAUUACCCAAACAUCUCUUCCAAUAUGUAAAAGUGGAUUAUUUAAAUUUCAGUACCAAGGAAAUCUUUUUGGUG